AUGACAAAAUGGGAGACACAUUCUGGUCUCAAUUAUGGAAGACAGCAGGAACCAGGUACUGUCAGGAGGUCUGAGGCCUAUCUGGGAAGAGGGACUCAUUUUGUGACUGCCACAAGACUCCCCACCUGGGUCAUCAUGGAAGAAUGGCGUAUAAAGAUUGUACCAGCCAUAGAGAUGUUGAGGGCUUCAGUGCAAGAGAAACCUGCUUUCAGUAGCCAAAGGAAUGAGAAAAGGGAGACCCUGCAGGACAAAACCUGUCUGACUGUUCCUGUCCUACUCCAGGUAGACACCAUGAAAAAAGCCACACCCAUCCCCCUGAUUGCUGGGUCUGGACAAGACAGUGGGACCAAGCCCUGUGGGUCAUGCCUGCCCUGCAGUAACAGAGGCAGCACUCCUCUAACCAAGUGCUGCAGAAACUAUGAGGUGAGUAUUGAUGAACUGAUUGAGAAGACGGUGCCUGCCAGCAUCCGCUUGAAAAGACCCUUGAAAAUGGAAGACCCUGUUUGUGAAAAUGAAAUCCUUACAACUCUGCAUGCCAUUUCCAGCAAAAACCAGAUCUGGAGAUCGUAUAUGGGCAUGGGCUAUUAUAACUGCUCUGUGCCACAGACGAUUUUGCGGAACUUACUGGAGAAUGCAGGAUGGAUCAGCCAAUAUACUCCAUACCAGCCAGAGGUGUCUCAGGGGAGACUGGAGAGUUUACUAAACUACCAGACCAUGGUGUGCGACAUCACAGGCAUGGACAUGGCCAACGCAUCCCUGCUGGAUGAGGCUACAGCAGCUGCUGAGGCGAUGCAGCUGUGCCACAGACACAAUAAGAGGAAGAAAUUUUUGGUUGACCCCCGUUGCCACCCACAGACAAUAGCUGUGGUCCAGACUCGAGCUAAAUACAAUGGAGUUCUCAUUGAGCUGAAAUUACCCCAUGAAAUGGACUUCAGUGGAAAAGAUGUUAGUGGAGUGCUGUUCCAGUACCCAGACACUGAGGGGAAGGUGGAAGAUUUCACAGAGCUCGUGGAGAGGGCCCAUCAGACGGGGAGCCUGGUCUGCUGUGCUACUGACCUUUUAGCUCUGUGUAUCUUGAGGCCACCUGGAGAAUUUGGUGUAGACAUUGCCCUAGGUAGCUCACAGAGAUUUGGAGUGCCACUGGGCUAUGGCGGACCACAUGCAGCCUUUUUCGCUGUCAGAGAAAGUUUGGUGAGGAUGAUGCCUGGGAGAAUGGUGGGGGUAACAAGAGAUGCCACUGGGAAAGAAGUGUAUCGUCUUGCUCUUCAAACCAGGGAACAACACAUCCGGAGAGACAAAGCUACUAGCAACAUUUGUACAGCUCAGGCUCUCUUGGCGAAUAUGGCUGCCAUGUUUGCAAUCUACCAUGGUUCUCAUGGGCUGAAGCAUAUUGCUAGGAGGGUACAUAAUGCCACUUUGAUUCUGUCUGAAGGUCUCAAGCGAGCUGGACAUCAACUCCAGCAUGAAUUGUUCUUUGACACUUUGAAGAUUCAGUGUGGCUGCUCAGUGAAGGAGGUUUUGGACAGGGCCACUCAGCGGCAAAUCAAUUUUCGGCUCUUUGAGGAUGGCAUGCUUGGUAUUUCUCUUGAUGAAACAGUGAGUGAAAAAGAUCUGGAUGACUUAUUGUGGAUCUUUGGCUGUGAGUCAUCUGCUGAGCUGGUUGCCGAAAGCAUGGGUGAGGAGCGGAGAGGUAUUCCAGGGACUGCCUUCAAGAGAACUAGCUCAUUCCUCACACAUCAAGUGUUUAACAGCUAUCACUCAGAAACAAACAUUGUCCGAUAUAUGAAGAAAUUGGAAAACAAAGAUAUUUCCCUUGUUCACAGCAUGAUUCCACUGGGGUCCUGCACCAUGAAGCUCAACAGCUCAUCUGAACUCGCACCUAUUACAUGGAAGGAGUUUGCAAAUAUCCACCCGUUUGUGCCUCUGGACCAAGCUCAAGGAUAUCAGCAACUUUUCCGAGAGCUUGAGAAGGACUUGUGUGAACUCACGGGCUAUGACCGAAUCUCUUUCCAGCCUAACAGCGGAGCCCAGGGGGAAUAUGCUGGGUUGGCCACUAUCCGAGCUUACCUCGAGGGGAAAGGAGAGGGACACAGGACAGUUUGCCUCAUUCCAAAAUCAGCACAUGGGACCAAUCCUGCAAGUGCCCACAUGGCAGGCAUGAAGAUUCAGCCUGUGGAGGUGGAUAAAUAUGGGAAUAUCGACACAGCUCACCUCAAGGCCAUGGUGGAUAAACACAAGGAGAACCUGGCAGCAAUCAUGAUUACAUACCCAUCCACCAAUGGGGUGUUUGAAGAGAACAUUGGUGAUGUGUGUGACCUGAUCCACCAACAUGGAGGACAGGUCUAUCUAGAUGGGGCAAAUAUGAAUGCACAGGUGGGAAUCUGUCGUCCUGGAGAUUUUGGGUCUGAUGUCUCACACCUAAAUCUUCACAAGACCUUCUGCAUUCCCCACGGAGGAGGUGGCCCUGGCAUGGGGCCCAUUGGCGUGAAGAAGCAUCUUGCUCCUUUUCUGCCCAAUCAUCCGAUCAUUUCAGUAAAGCCAUGUGAGGAUAACCGGCCUGUGGGUACUGUCAGCGCAGCCCCAUGGGGCUCCAGUUCCAUCCUGCCCAUUUCAUGGGCUUACAUUAAGAUGAUGGGAGGCAAAGGCCUUAAACAGGCCACAGAAAUUGCUAUAUUAAAUGCCAACUACAUGGCCAAGCGAUUAGAAAAACACUAUAGAGUCCUUUUCCGGGGUGCAAGAGGUUAUGUGGCUCAUGAAUUUAUUUUGGACACAAGACCUUUCAAAAAGUCAGCAAAUAUUGAGGCUGUGGAUGUGGCCAAGAGGCUUCAGGAUUAUGGAUUUCAUGCCCCUACCAUGUCCUGGCCGGUGGCAGGAACUCUCAUGGUUGAGCCCACUGAGUCAGAAGACAAGAAAGAGCUGGAUAGAUUCUGUGAUGCCAUGAUCAGCAUUCGGCAGGAGAUCGCUGACAUUGAGGAGGGCCGCAUUGACCCCAGGGUCAAUCCACUGAAGAUGUCUCCACAUUCCCUGACCUGCGUCACAUCCUCCCACUGGGAUCGGCCAUAUUCCAGAGAGGUGGCGGCAUUCCCACUUCCCUUUGUGAAACCAGAGAGCAAAUUCUGGCCAACCAUUGCCCGGAUUGAUGACAUCUAUGGAGAUCAGCACCUGGUUUGUACCUGUCCACCCAUGGAAGUUUAUGAGUCCCCAUUUUCUGAGGAGAAAAGGGCCUCUUCUUAG